AUAAGGAAGGAGAAAGUAUAUGAAAGUGAAAGAGCCCCCUGGUUGGCCGAAAACCAGGGAAGCGGGAAGGGAAGAGGAAAGAGGGGAAAUGAAUAGAAGAGCGAAAGUGGAAGAAGAGAGAGGAGAGGAAGAGAAAUGGGAGGAAGAAAUGAUUUCUGAAGAGGAAGAAAGGGGAAAGAAUAUGGGAAAGAUGAAUGAGGAGGUAAAGGAAGGAAGAAAAGAAGUGGAAAGAGAGAAAAGCAAAUUAUUGAAAAGCUUGAGGAAAGACUGGGCACUAGAGUACCUGGCAGAGGAAGAAAAAGCGGCCUUAGAGGCGACCAAGAGAGAAUGUAAGGAUAAGGAGAGUGAGGAGGAGAAAACAGCAAACGCAAUGGGUGAUAGAAUGGAGGUAGAAGAGAGGAAGAAGAGGGUAAGAAAAGCGGAGGAGGAAGAAGAAGAUCAGGGAGGAAGAGGUAGGAAGGAGAAGAAGAGGGAGGAAAGAGAAGCAGGAAGUGACGUAAUAGUUGAAGGGACAGAAAGGACCAAUGAGGAAGAGGCAGCUGGGGAAUUUCUGGGGGACGAGCGACAAGAAUUGGUAGCCAUGGCUAUGGUGGCGCCAAUGGUGACGCCACGGAGGCGUGGGGAAGUGAGUGACGAAGGAGGAAAAAACGGCCAUUCUGAUAGAGAGCGUGAAGAAGUAAGUUGUGUAGAAACAAGUGAGGAAAGUGCAGAGUUGUUUGCGGAAGGAGAGAAGGACUGUAGUGAAGAAUGUAGGAAUAAGGCUAUUAGAAAUAAGGAUGAAGAAAAUGUGGAAGAAAUAACACGUGGUGGGACGAUUAAUUGCGCACAACACGUGGAAAGUGGUGAUAGGGAAAAUAGGAAAAGAAGGGAAAGGACUUUAGUUUUAUAUGAAGAAGGUUAUAAUAGGGAAAAUUAUGAGGUUUGUUGCGUCCUUAAGGUCGGAAAUAAAAAUAAAACGAAGAGAAAUAAUUUAAUAAAAAUUUACAGGUUCGUACAGGGGACGGGCGUGCAUAUAGUGAGCGUUCGCAUGAUCGGGUGGAACGAAGCAGAAAUAACGACGAAGAGUAAAGAAGAGGCUAAUAACCUCCUGAGGAAAUAUAGCAGUAGGGAAGGGCAGUUAUCGGUUUUCCUACCCAGAAGGAUGCAGUACAGGCGUGGUAUUAUUUUCGAAUGGGAAGAUUCAAUUAAGGAGCUGGAGGAGGAAGCCAUGCCAGGACAGGGGGAGUUUACACUGGAAAGGCUGAAGAGAAAGGGGGUUUCUGACGGAAAGAUAGUGUAUGAACCGAUGCGUUCAAUAAUGAUCACUUUUAGAGGCAGUUCGCUGCCAACGAGAUUGUUAAUAGGACAAGGACACGUGGGGAUAAGAAUAGAACCCUUUGUGGAACCGGUGAAGCAAUGCUUCAGAUGUUUUAGAUUCGGGCAUAUGCAGACAAUGUGUAAGGAGCGUGUUAAAAGGUGUCCGGUGUGUGGAGAGGCAGAGCAUGAUAAAUGUGAGAGGAGUCCGAGAUGUAUCAACUGUGGGGGAAAUCAUGGAUCCCUUGCCAGAGUUUGUUGGAUGUGGCAGAAGGAGGCGGCUAUACGGAAGAUAAUGGCUUAUCGUAAUGUGGAGUUUGAAACGGCUAGAGGGAUUGUAUCCAGAAAUAUGGGAGAGAUAGAAACAGACAGGGUGGGAGGAUUGGAUGAUAUUAGAGAGGAAGGAAGCAGGGACUUCCCACGUCUGCCGAGGAAGGAAAGAAGGGAAGUGUGGGAUGACAAGGAAGUACCGAUAGGAAGGGAAUUAGAGAAUAUAAGGAUAGGAAAAGAGGAAGUGAAUAGAGGGAAAAGGGGAACAAGAAUUUACCCAACGUAUAGUGGGGCCGUUAGCAAUGGAAGAAGAGGGGAUGAGGAGAAAGAAGAGGCAGAAAAGAAGAGGAUGGAGGAGGAGGAAGGAAACGAUGAAGCAGCAGGUUGGACGAAACAAAAGAGAAAGUACAAGGGUUUAAAACCGAGCUGUUUUAACGAGAAAACGGAUCUUUUCCUAUCCAACAAUAGAUACAUAUGUUUAGAUUGUAAGGAGAAAACUGAGAAACAGAACCGGGAGGAGAGGGAAGGUAUAGAAAUUUUGACAAGAAUACCUCUGCCACAUGACAUGGUGGGGGAGCAGCCAGAGGGGGAUUUUGAGUAUAAGAAACUGAGACUAGCACUGAAUAAGGACGAAAUGGAGAAGGAGAGGAGGAGAGCGAGAAAAGAGAAACAGCUGAAUAGAGAAUGGCUUGUGGAGUUGAGGAAAAGGACGGAUGAUGAAAUCAUGGAAGAGAUGAUAAAGGUAUUGCAAGAAAAGAAGAUAGAAGGGAAAUUUCACGAGAUCAUCAGGACGAGGAAAUAUAGAACUAAAAGAACGGUCUACCCUGACCCAAAUGAAGAUUGGAAUGAGGUAACUACACCACCAUUUAAAAUGUACAUAGACGAGAGGACGAGGGAAAAGUUAAAGAGAAAGGCAGAAAGGGAGAGAGGUGGAUAGACAGACAAAUAAGGUUCGAGAGUCUAUGGAGGGAAAAAAUGGAAGAGAAGAGGAAGUCAGGAGAAGAGAACGAGAAGCGGACUGGAGAUCUGAGGGAGCCAGACCAAAGGAAUGGAAAGGAAGAGGAGGUGAAGAGAGAAGACGAGGAGAGAUAAAGGAAUAUAAGAAGGAACAGGAAUAUGAAGAGACAUGGUGAAUUUAGAAUGGUUUCAAAGUGUGAUGGGAGUGAGGUUACGAGAGGACUCAAGUAUGAGGUACAAAUGUACAAGUCUAAUCAAAAUAUCAUUUUCAUCGGCAUAGAAGUGUGGGG